AUGGUCGAAGAGUUGCAAGCAAUUGAAAGGAAUAACACAUGGGAAUUAGUCGAAUUUCCAGCACAUACAAAAGCUAUUAAGGUCGGAGAUGGUGUCUACGUACAGGUCGAGGCACAAAAUAUAACCAUCAUCUAUUUGUAUGUCGAUGAUUUGCUGGUAACAGGAAAUAGCAUGGAAAACUUGUCUAAGUUCAAAGAGCUGAUGAAGAGGGAAUUUGAAAUGUCGGAUUUGGGAAAUUUGUCAUAUUUCCUAGGCAUGGAAUUUCAAAUUUCCAAGCAAGGGAUGGUGUUAUAUCAAAGAAAGCAUGUCAAAGAAAUACUCAAGACAUUCAGGAUGGAUGAGUCGAAUCUUGCAUCCUCGUCUAUCAAAACAAACCUGAAAUUGGAAAAACAUGGAAAAGAAGACAGAGUCGACGAAACGUUGUUCAAACAAAUAGUCGGAUCUCUGAGGUAUGUAUACAAUAGUCGACCUGAUAUAGGUUUCUCAGUCGGAUUAGUGAGCAGAUACAUGAGUGAACCAAAAGUGUCACACAUGAAGGCUGCAAGAAGAAUCCUGAGAUACAUGAAAGGAUCAAUAAAUUGUGGAAUUUGGUUUCCACGAGAUUCUGAAAGCAAAGAAGUUGUUGUUAAUUGCUAUUCAGAUGCUGAUUGA